AUGACAACAAAGCGUCGUAAUCACGGGAGAAAUAAAAAAGGUCGUGGACAUGUUGUAUCAGUUCGUUGUACAAACUGUGGACGUUGUACACCAAAAGACAAAGCUAUUAAAAAGUUCGUAGUAAGAAAUAUGGUUGAAACUGCGGCUGUGCGAGAUAUUGCUGAAGCAUCCGCAUACGAUUCUUAUGCGUUACCAAAACUAUAUCAUAAGCUACAUUAUUGUGUGUCAUGUGCAAUACACAGUAAAGUCGUGCGAAAUAGAUCGAGGGAAGCACGUAGAGAUCGAAAUCCACCACCACGUUUCGGCCAACGCGCAACAGCUGGAAGUGACAGGUUUCCUCGGCCAUCAGGUCAAAAUCGCACUUGA